CCCUUGAGUGGUUGGAACACCUCCAACGUGCACGGAAACGCGGCGCCCUCACAACCUGUAGCUGAUACACGGCCAACAUGUGAGAGCGAGAUAUCCAGUGUAUCCCUGCCUUCUCGCUGUUUGUUGUGCGUGAACCAGAUACCCACGUUGAUUUGGCAGUGUAUCGCUGUCUGCUGUGCGUGUGUGAGUGUGCGGUAUGCACGCACUACUCGUGUUAAUCGCUACAGAAGUCCAUUAAGACUAGUAGCUGUUCUCUCUGUGUGCAGGGCUGUGGUAUCCACUCACAAUCUACUACCGCUGGAGAUCUGUACGUGUUUUGUUGUGCCCGAGUUGAAUUCCUGUAUUCCGCUUUGAGCAGCAUCUGUCUGUGUACUCCUACGCGGUACACGUUUUAUCUGCGAAGUGGUCGUAGUGUCCUGUAGCACGUGAAAUACGCGACGCGAUUCGCUUCUGAGGAUCGGAAUUCUAGACAUACCAAGAGUGUCAUUUUGUGACCAAUGCUUUAAAAGACAAUGACAAAUCAACCCACUAAAGUGCACGACCCUCUGUUCCACUUCGAGACGCACUUCCCCGACCGUCUGUCCCGGUUACACCUUCACCAGGAGUUCUCGCACUCGGUGCGCCGCAACAAGAAGGUGAAGCGUUCCGGGGCCAGGUACAAGACGCAGCCCGUCACGUUCGACGAGAUACAGGAGGUGGACGAGGAACCGUCCGUCGAGGACAAGCGAGAAGACGGGCUGAAGGGCAAGCUGCAGGCCUUCUCCAGGUCGAUGGACGGCCUGCUGCCCAAGGUCCCCCAGCUCCACCCCCGUCACAGCUACUCGCCCACACUACAGAAGAAGUUCGACCACCCGCCCAUUAUCUUGGAGAAGUGUGAACAGGAAGGAAGACUGAGGGAUGAUCCAAAGUCGCCAUCUCCGUCCCCAGACAAGCGGUUGAGCAGUAGGGAUACCAAUGUUCCUCCUGCCGAGGCGAGGCUCCAGGACAAAAAAGAUUUUAGUGUCCCUGAUCAAACUAACGAGACUUGGAAAAAACAAGACAGUUUGUUACCUUCCCCGACACUGGUGGCCGAGACUCCCAAACCUAACUUACCGUCACCCAACAUGGCCCCUCGGCGGCAGAAGAUAACGGCAAAAGCAAAGAAGAGACAAAAGGCAACAGAAGAUUGCAAGGAAACAUAGCUGGAAGUGUGAAGCAUAAUUCUGUCAGUAUGGCCGCUCGCUCGUGUGGCUAAUGCAAGGUUACAUACAUCGUCGGUGCAGUUUUACCAACAGAAUGUGAGCAGACAGCAUGUGAACGAAUGCUUACUUGUUCUUUUACUGAAUCACACUGAUGUGUCAAGGAUUUGUCCUGGGGGAUGGAUUGCUCCACUACUUGAUAUUUUGCAGCAUAAAGUGUUAAAUUAUUUUAUUUUGGCAUCUGUUCCAUUUUUCAGUUUGGAUUAUAUGUCUCUGGCAAGUGUUCUAGUCAUUUGAGCUGUAUCACAUUUGAGCUGUAUCACAUAAUUUCCUCUUAUCAAGCAGCUAACCAUUGGCUAUGUGGAUUGUGCAGUCUGUUAUGUUAAACAUGGUCAUAAUUCAGUCGGUGUUAGCAUUAAAACAAAUUUCAACUAUACCAGCUUUUACUCGAUAAGAUAAACUAUACCAGCUUUUACUCAAUAUGAUCAACUAUACCAGCUUUUACUCAAUAUGAUCAACUAUACCAGCUUUUACUCAAUAUGAUCAACUAGACCAGCUUUUACUCAAUAUGAUCAAUAUGAACACUGGGGAGAAGAACGGUGGCGUCGUUUGCGUUUGUCGGUCUAAUAAAACACUGACGUACGUAUUCUGGUCUGGGAGUUAUGAAAUGUGACCGCAGUAUAUAAUGCAGGAGACUAUAUUCAAGUUAACUUAUGGAUGUGAUAGCAAACAUAAGGAUGUGAUAUCAGUGCUUAACAAAUGUGAUAUCAAGUUGUAUGUACCUAAAGUUAUCAACUGGAUAUAGGAAUAAGAAGCAUGGCGGCUACAAAGAGUUGGACAUCAACGUGCGACUAGAUCCGGCUGGAGAUCUGUACGUGGACUACAUGCUUAAACAAUUCGCUUGUCUCAUGUUGUAAUAAAAGUCAUCCAAGCCCGUGUCCAGUUGGUAAGGUUAAACGGUAUCCCACUCUGUAGUGUAAAUGUGUCUCCCUUCAGUCAUUGGUAUAAGUAUUUUAUUUACAUGAAUGUGAAGCACUGUGAUUCGGUAUGGAGUCGAAUGACCAUUCGAUAAAUAGAGUCUGAUACAUAGCCUUGAAAAGAUUAUCAGAACGUUUCGGAAGUCGCCUUUAACUCUUUGCAAACAUGUUUAGGUUUGACUGAAAUCUUAAAACAGUAUUAAAUAUAAAUGCAAGUAAUAAUGUUUCAGCUAAUUACUGAAUCAACUUUUAUUUUGACUGACGUAGGUCAGUAUCUAUAUUUAAAAACCCACACCUUGAUGGUUGAAGCAGUGUGUUGUCAGUAUGUCGAUUACUAGCUAUUCAAGUCCGUUACACUGGCUGCAAAUCUUAUGACAUAUUUAUGAACAAAUAAUCUCUAUGUAUUUUAUGUAUUUUACUUGUGCCCAACAUAAGGGUAAUAUAUAUUUAGGUUGUCCGAGAAGCCACGUUUUGUUACAGGAUAACAGUUUCGGCAGUUAUUGUUUGUUGUGGAUUAGAAAGAGUAAUAAUACAGUUGUAUUCGGAACCUGUUUGAGGAUUUUCCUUUUAUUGAAAAUGUGUGUUUUUAUUUGUUAUAUAAUACCUGUCAGUUUGUUACUACUAUGCUAUAUAAUGUUGUGUUUAUGCUGUCAGGGUUUGGGGUGUACCUGUUAUAUUCUAGUUCACGUACACACAUAAGCUCAGUGGAAUACUCAACAACUUGUUAUAUUUUCACUCAUUUCUCCGACAUCUGUCCGCAGUAGGUGUAACGCAUAUAUAGAUAAAAGAUAUAGAUCUCUUAUGACGCUGUUUGCCGUGGCUUAACAAACAUUACGUACUGAUAUAUUUUCAAAUUAUCCUCGCGUCUUUUUAAUGAACUAUUGGCAUAUUCUCUUCAGAAACGUGUUCAGUAUAUUACGAAUGCAAGGAUAUUUAGAUCUGAAAGACAAAACCGUAAUGCGUGAUCAAGGCAGUAUUUCUGCACAAUGCAGAGUGGAAUGGGUAUUUGGUAAAAUAGUGGUUGAUUCCACGAUUCUCUAAUUAGUGCCUCGUCUAUAAGAGGACAGCUACUCCCGAAUCAAGAAUUCAGAGCAUAAUACAAGCGUAAUGUUAUUGUGGGUUUUUUUUGGUAACUUUUGAUUUUGUUUUGUUUUGUUUUAUUAUCUUUUUGAGGUGUUUAGGGGUUUGGUGGUGGGGUACUUUAUAUAAUGAGUAUUUCUUGUAAAUGUAAUCCAGAAGUAUGGCGUCACUGAAAAUGGGUAUCUUAUUUGAAUAUCUUCUUUGGCUAUAAUUCCAUACAAUACCAUAUAUCGUGUUACCAAAGACAUGUUAUUACCAACAAUGAUUUCAACGACUCCUGUCGGUUAUUACUUCCUUUCAGGCGGUCAAUUGUCCUGUCAAGACAAUUAAGUAAGAUAUUAUUGCAGGGAGAAAACCCCACAGAUACCUUUGUGUCCAGUAUUUGUUUUGUACUGCGAAAACUAAGUAUCUUAGAUAGAUAUGUUAUUUAUUAGCAGUAAACACUAAACAAGUACCCCGCCAUUUCUCCUUCCGCCGUGUUCAAACCAGCAUUGUGAAGACUAAUAGAGUUCCUAAUUGAACGUCAUCUGUUCCAAAAUAAUAGUUUAUGGGAAUGCUGCACGCAAACGUCUCGUGCGAGAAUCUUGAUGAAGAAUCGUUUUAAAGGCAAAGUACCGCGUAUUACGUUUGUUAUUGUCCUGUAAUCGAUUAUCAGUAAAAAUUACAUUCACUUGGAAUGCUAAAUGUGUAUCGCCUAACACGUUUUCUUCGUCUACGGCAGAGGAAUUCAUAUUAAUAUUCUUGGCAAUUUUCUGUAUAAAAUUGUUAAAUUGGGACACAAAUUACUAUAUCGAGUUUUUUGUUUGCUUUCGAUGCACUGAGGGUGUAGAUUUAGCUCAGUUGGUAAAGCGCUGGGCACAGGUGCUUAAGACAUAGGAUCGAACCACCUCGACGGACCCAUUGGGUUUUCCCCAUCCCAACCAGUAAUCCACGACUGAUAAUUUAAAACUAUUUAAUGGCUGUGUUAUAUGCUGCUAAUGGUCGUGUUAUGCACCCUUUGCUGCGAAAGGUUUCCUGAGAAGACUGUGUGUCAGAAUUACGAAAUGUUUGGCCAUCCAAUAGCCGAUUAUUAUUUAAUGAACUAUGUGGUUAAAUGAAACUUCGAUACACUAAACUCGCUAUCAGCUAUUUGCUUUGAAAUAUAUAUUACAUCAAAACCGGCUUUCGAACUAGUCUGUUUUUUCCUUUAUUCAUCACACCCUAAAUACAAUUCAGUUGGACAUGUCUAUAGCUGGCUGAAUAACGUGCUUUGUGGAAUAAAUCAAAUUGAGAUACCUUCAGAUGAUAUUGUUUUGAGCCUUUUAAUAUAACUGUCCGUGGUCCCAUACCUUUUUAAAUUUGAAUGGACUGUUUCAGGUUUAAGCGUUUCCUCGUGGUCAAAGGCAUCACAAUGUAAAGGUAUCCUGGCCCAAUUCACAAUGACGUCUAACGUGCCCCAGAUGUAAGUUAUGUACCUGUUAUAAUGUUACGAAUACUGUUAGAUAUUGAUGAUGUUUAUUUUUGUAAACUGUUUUAAUUAGAAGAAGGAAUGUAUUGUUUGUUUUUGUAGACCACUGUUAACGAACCACCGACAGAGCUGGAUCCACAAGAGUGGAAUUGUGAAGUGUUUGUUGAUUGUGAACGAUGUAUUUGUUCUGUAUGUGAAUAUAUCUAUCGUUAAUUACAACACAGUGGAUUUGUACAAUAGUCAGAAUUCUGUAGUGCGUUUCUUUCGAUCAUGGGUUGGUUGUACCAUUCAGUAUUCUAUAUGUUAACGUAAGUCAUGUUUGUAAUUUGUUAUCAUUGAGUACUGUGGUGCGGUCUAAUUCAAAGGCCAGGCGUACACGCUGUUUUAUAGACGUCUGAGCUACCGAGAGAGAGAAGGAGCUGUUGAAAUACUCAAAUCCCCAAACUGGUAGUCAGUAGUUUCCCGGCUUUUGUUUUAAACUUUGUGCUCAACACGGUGGAUGCCAGACAAUUAGUGGAAGAAGAGUGCGUUAUUUGGGAGAGGUUCACUGACAAAAACCAAAUUGUUCGUUUGUUUUGUUUUGUUUUUAUUUUAUUUUACUGAAGUCUAAAGUGAGCCUAAUUUGGUGUUGCAACAGUUUAUCCUUUGGGUCUGUGGGAACUACGUUACUGGAGACAAGGGAACUCAAUGUGAAAUGAUAAAAACUGGGAUGUAGAAACCAAAGAAAUCAAUCUGAAUAUUAAAAGAUACAUAUAAUAUACGAAGACUUCGCCUUCUGGAGCAUAAUUUAAAGUUCGAAGAAUUCCUUUUGCGGACAACAUUACUCAAAAUUUCAAAAUGCGAAACUGUACAACUAAUUUUCAUUGAUCGUGGACCUUCUCCGAAGACGUCAGGUAGGUGGUUGGAAAGCAGGCAACUGGAAAUGUAGGGGGCUUCAUAUUGUACACCUUUCUAUUGGAUACAUUUAGUUUCAGACAUCCCCUUACUGAAUACGAAAUGUAUUUAUCAUCCAGAUACAUAGUUUUUUAUUUUAUUAUUAUCUAUUCAUUUUUUCAGUACAUGAUAUCCACAUUUGGAAUAACAGAAAACUUGAUAAGACAGCAGUAUUAAAGAUACAUAUUCUAAAUAUAUGCAUACAUACAAUUAUCACCAAUAUUAACCUUAGUAGCAACAAUGUACUAAUAUUCUUGUCCGUUCUAUAUAAAUAUAACUAACAUAGGCAAAGAAAAAACUAAGUAGGCCUUCAAACUUUUUUAUAAUAAUAAAUUAUUAAUUUUCCUUUGCAAGAUAUUAAAGUAUGCAGGAAUGGAAUGGUGCUAGCUCUGGGCAAGCAAAUAAUUUCUCCAAAUUAUUUGUAGACCCAAUUAUUUUCCCACAAAAAAUCAAUUACCUGUGUAUCAUGAAAUUAUUUUGCAAAUUUAAAUAAUAUUUGUCAUUUAGGUUUUUAAAUUCCCAGGAAGCUAGUUUGGUGGUUGGCAGUGCCAGCCCCAAGACCUACAAGUUCAUCUUAAGACUGUUUCUGAAACAGAUCAUGACAAAUUGACCAAAAUUUAUAAAUGAGUCAAAUUUACAAGUGGAAAAGGCCUUAGUAAUAUAAUAGUAAUCUAACAACUCCUUUUGGAUCCAGUUUAAAUCAGGCAGAUAAGCAUUCAGAUGACUUUUAAAUAUUAAGUGUUUAAUAACAAGAACAAUUGCAUUAACAGGAUUGUUAUUUCUAGUUUUAAAGCCAAAAAUUUAUAAUUGUACCCAUUUUUAUUUGAAACCAAUUUUUUAUUUAUGUCCAAAUAGAGUUGACUAGAGUACAUUCCCAAAACAUAUGAAUAAUUGUCCCUAGUUCUAAAUUGCAAAAGCUACUAAGCGGAGAAGCAAUAUACCCUAUCUUGUGUAGGUAGGUAUUAACAGGAAGUAUACAGUGAAUGAUUUUGUACUGAAACCACCUUAAUUCAGUGCUUUCUGUACAAUAAAAAGACAUUACAUUAAUGGCUCUCCAAUCGACAUCAAAAUAGUUACAAUUUAAUAAUUCUUCCCAUUUUAGAUUAUAGUUCGAUUUACAAAAAAAGAAGAAUUUACUAAAAUAUUAUAAAAAUGCUUACUUCCCUUAACAUUUACUGACAUUGUAUGGUAAAAAGGGGGAUUGUAACUUUUUUUUUUAAUUUGUUUAAUAUUACAUCUAUUAAAAUACUGCUUUAUAGCAUUGAUUAUACCUUGAUAAAUUAAAACAAAAUUGUAUUUAAAUUAUAUUUCAUUAUAAACUGGUCGUAAUUAAUAAAUUUACCAUUGUCACUUAUUAAAUCAUCAAUAAAUUUAAUACCUACAUCAUACCAAUCUUUAUAAAAAAAAAAACCUGAUUUUCUGUAUAUCUUUACAUCAUCGUUAUACCAUAUAUAUUCUGACAAUAUUAACUCCUCAUCCGUAAACCUAUUUUUGCAUUUUAGAUAUAAACAUACAUAGUUGUGUCACUGCAUCUGUCUUUGUACACUUCAAGUUACCGUGACAGCCGAAUUACAAUCACACAUUUUACUGGAACAGUUGUUAACCUAUUUGUACAGACGGCUCGUUGAUGCUGCAGUUCUAUCUAAAUAAAGGCAUGCGGUCUGUUAACACGCCCAUGCUCAAAGUU